ACUUAGUCGUGUAUUCUGUCGCAUUGUUUUUUAAAAUUCUGCAUUGAAUCAUCUCGUUUAUAGAUACACUUUUGACUUAUAUAUUUUGAGCCUCAAUAAAAAUAUAAAAUGUCGUCUUUUCUGGAGUCUUGGAAACCGAAACCGGGUACUUCUCUGCAUUUCAUUUCCCUAUCCGUUCUUGUAUUCAUAGUUUACAUCUGCUACGGCGUGUUGCAAGAGUCCUUAUUUACUCAACCUGAAUUGAAACCUUUCGGAUGGUUCUUAACUUGGGUUCAAUUCGCCUUCUAUAUCCCGUUUGGAGGGAUUGAGUUUGUAAUGAAAGGUGAAUUUGUGAGAAAGAUCCCCAUCAAAAUUUACUUCCUGUUGGCAUUCUUGUCAGUAGUUACUAUGGGUUGUUCUAAUAAAAGUUUGAAGUACCUCAACUACCCAACCCAAGUGAUCUUCAAGAGCUGCAAGCUCAUUCCUGUUAUGAUUGGAGGUAUUUUAAUGCAGAAAAAGACGUACAAAUUUGUGGACUAUUUUGCCAUGUUUCUACUUUGUGCUGGUCUGGUCUGGUUUUCCCUCGCCGACAGUACCGUCCAGCCUAACUUUGACGUCACCGGAGUUAUUAUUAUAUCCUGCGCUCUCACAGCCGAUGCCGUCAUAGGGAAUCCACAGGAACUCUACAUGAAGAAGUACGGCGCCGGCAACACAGAAGUCGUUUUCUACUCAUACCUUAUCGGAACAGUCUACAUAUUCUUCAUCGUACUUUUUGAAGGAACCCUCCUCGAGGCAUUGCCGCUUCUAGAUACCCACACAUUAUUUAAAGCCUUCCUCUUUUCACUUACUGGUUAUUGCGGGGUUCAUUUAGUCUUGGAUUUAGUUGUAACAUAUGGAGCGCUUCUUGCAGUAACAGUUACUACGUGCAGAAAAGCAGUCACUAUUAUCAUCUCGUUUCUAGUUAUUUCCAAACCCUUCACAAUACAAUACGUGUUCGCUGGGGGAGUUACGUUCUUGGGUGUUUUCCUGAAUGUCUAUUCGAAGAACUCCGAAUCAAUGGGAGAAGGUGCAAGGAAAAUGAUGAUUGUCGUCUAUUCGAUAUUUAGGAUACCUCACGAAGGCAAAACAUCUGAGAAAAAAGUGGUGCAGACUGUAUAAUAGAUCGAAAUCGGUCAAAUAACUUUCAGUCAAAAUUGACAAAUGGAAGGUUAAAAAAAACCCGAACCAAACAGUGCUUAUGACUUUUUAUUUAAAAACAAUCAAAUUUAUGUUAUAAUGACA